AACAUUAGUUUAUUUUCCAAUGGCUUCCCAAACUAACCAGCAACACUUUCUUCUCAUUCCAUUAAUGUCUCAAAGCCAUCUCAUUCCUUUCACAGAAAUGGCCAAAUUGUUUGCAUCAAAUGGUGUCACAGUUACCAUUGUUCUCACACCCCUUAAUGCUGCAAGGUUCAACAUGGUCAUUGAUCAAGCAAAAUCAUCAAACCUUAAAAUCCAAUUUCAAUUACUACCUUUUCCUUGUGUAGAAGCAGGUUUACCAAAAGGGUGUGAAAAUAUGGACACACUUCCUUCUCCUAAAUAUCAACCUUUGUUUUUUGCAGCUUGCAAUAUGCUUAAAGAACCUCUUGAAAAUUGGCUUUCAGGAUUGGAAAAACUACCUAGUUGCAUUGUUUCUGAUAUAUGUCUUCCUUGGACUUCAAAUGUUGCAUCAAAAUUCAACAUUCCAAGAGUUGUGUUCCAUGCAAUUUCUUGCUUCACACUCUUGUGUUCACAUAACAUUAGUCUCUCCAAAGUUCAUGAAAAGGUCGACUCAAUGUCGACACCUUUUGUUGUACCGGAUUUGCCUGACACAAUUGAAUUUACGAAAGCACAGUUACCUGAGGUGAUGAAGCAGGAUUCAAAGGCAUGGAAAGGAGCUAUUGAUCAAUUCAAAGAAUCUGAACUCUCAGCACAAGGGAUAUUGGUGAAUACUUUUGAGGAGCUGGAGAAGGUUUAUGUUAGAGGUUAUGAGAAAGUUGCUAAAAAGGUUUGGUGUAUAGGACCACUUUCCUUGCAUGACAGGUUAACCUUCAACAAGUUUGGUAAAGACGAUAAGGGAUUCAUCGACGAUUCCGAAACCAAAUGUCUAAAGUUUCUUAUUUCAAACAAAGCUUGUUCUGUCAUCUAUGCAUGUUUUGGUAGUUUAUCUUUCAUUCCUACUUCACAACUAAAGGAACUUGCUUUAGGAUUGGAAGCAUCAAACCAUCCAUUCAUUUGGGUGAUUGGAAAAAAUGAUUGUUCUAUUGAAUUAGAGAAGUGGUUAAAAGAAGAGAAUUUUGAAGAGAGGACUAAAGGAAAAGGAGUUAUAGUUAAAGGAUGGGCUCCACAAGUUGAAAUAUUGUCACAUCCUUCAACUGGUGGAUUUUUAUCUCAUUGUGGUUGGAAUUCAACAAUGGAAGCAAUUUCAAGUGGUGUACCAAUGAUAACUUGGCCAAUGUUUGCUGAACAAUUCUUUAAUGAGAAGUUGAUUGUGCAAGUGCUUAAGAUUGGUGUGAGGAUUGGUGUUGAGGCUUUUGUUGAUCCAAUGGAGAUAUAUAAAGGUGAGAAAGUGUUGGUGAAGAAAGAGGAUGUGAAGAGGGCUAUUGAAAAUCUUAUGGAGAAUGGUGUGGAAGGAGAACAGAGAAGAAACAAAGCAAAAGAGAUAAAAGAUAUGGCUUAUAAGGCUGUUGAAGAUGGUGGAUCUUCUGAUUCAAAUUGCAAAUUGUUUAUACAAGAGAAAUUGUAGAGAAAAGUUCAUAAUCAAUAUUAAGCAUACCAAAAAAGUUCUAUUGUGACAAUAGAUUAUGUCAUCAGAGACUAAUUUAUAAAAGACUUGACUUUACAAA